AUGUCGAGUUGUUCAUCACGCCGCCACUCUCAGGUGCAUGCUUCUCUGUUAUCAGUAGUCAUUCUCUUUCCCGUAUCGACUGCAGUCGUGUUCCUUUCUAUGUCUACUUUGCCAAUUACCUUUGCUUGGCCCCGCACACUUUCCGACUUAGCACAGGUUGAACGCGACCUCAAUCUCUACUUUCGAUCGGGAUCUCUGCCAACAGCACAUAUUGUAGGGGUCCUUGCCGUUUCUGCGGUCUGGAAACACGCUUGGUCAGUGCCGGGGAGCGUGUUAUGGAAUGUCCUCGCGGGAGCACUUUUCCACCCCUUGCUUGCGACCUUACUAAUGACGGUCCUGACUUCAAUUGGAUCUGUACUCGCCACUUUGCUCGCCACUCCGUUAGCUCCCAUUUUGACCCGACUGUUUCCUCGGCCCGUAGAGCUGACUCGCGCGGCAUUGGAAGGAUCUUUUUCCUUGGCAUCCAAAUCGGUGCAUUCCGACGGUGAAAGCAAAUCUUCUAGUGUCACUACUGCUACCUCAGCCAGCUCUCCGGCAUGGGCGCGCCUCUCCGUACUCCGGCUUAUUGGCAUUGUCCCUUGGUCAGCACUCAAUAUUGCGUGCGGACUGACUGGAGUUUCCCUCUACGAUUGUUUCUUAGGCGCUUUCAUCGGGACGCUUCCGUGGACAGCCGUCACAUGCCAGAUCGGUGAUAUUUUGGAGACUGUCAGCAAUGCUAGUGAAAACGGAUUUGGAGAGGGGCUCUCCAAGUCUGCCACAGUAUCAAGUGUUCUAGCCCGGCCGUCAAUGGUUUUGGAGCUUAUUUUUCUCACCAUUCUCAGCCUCGCACCUAUCGUUUUUAGGGAUCACUUGCGCAAGUUUGUUCCGUCUUCGGAAGGCACGAGCACUGUCACUGUGGAGUCAGAGGAGUACGAAGAGAAAGAGAUGACGAUUCGUUCAAGCCAACGAGAGCAACUGGACGAAUGGGAUCCACGACAGACAGAAGGCAGUGAAGAGGACCCCGCAUAUGACGAAAUGGAGCGACGUGGGAGACGAUUGCGCCGUCAAAGAUGGACAUGGCAGCGAUUAUCAAUGAGCAUUCCGCGGUGGUCCACUCUCGGUUCUCCUCUGCGAUCGUCCUUCCCCAAGGUUGAGCGUGAUGACAAACAAUGA